ACCCUGCGGCGGGCUCCGGGCUGCUCCGUCCUUCCCCAGCUCGCGGGCUAGCGCGGCGGCGGGGCCACGAUGAAGAAGCAGUUCAAUCGCAUGCGCCAGCUGGCCAACCAGACGGUGGGCAGGGCAGAAAAGACUGAAGUUCUGAGCGAAGAUCUCCUUCAGGUGGAGAAGCGCCUGGAGCUGGUGAAGCAGGUGUCACACAGCACGCACAAGAAGCUCACCGCGUGUCUGCAGGGCCAGCAAGGGGCAGAGGCCGACAAGCGCUCCAAAAAGUUGCCUUUGACAACACUGGCUCAGUGUUUGAUGGAGGGGUCAGCCAUUCUGGGAGAUGACACGCUACUUGGGAAGAUGCUGAAGCUCUGCGGAGAGACGGAGGACAAGCUGGCGCAGGAGCUGAUCCACUUCGAGUUGCAAGUAGAGAGAGAUGUGAUCGAGCCCCUAUUUCUGUUGGCAGAGGUGGAAAUCCCAAAUAUUCAAAAGCAGCGGAAACAUUUAGCCAAGCUGGUGCUGGACAUGGACUCUUCACGAACCAGGUGGCAACAGACUUCCAAGUCUUCAGGUUUGUCCAGCAGCUUACAGCCUGCGGGUGCCAAAGCUGAUGCCCUCAGGGAAGAGAUGGAGGAGGCUGCCAACAGAGUGGAGAUUUGCAGGGACCAGCUCUCCGCUGACAUGUACAGUUUUGUGGCCAAAGAAAUUGACUAUGCAAACUACUUCCAAACGCUCAUAGAAGUGCAAGCUGAAUACCACAGAAAGUCCCUGACACUGUUGCAGGCUGUGUUGCCUCAGAUAAAAGCACAACAGGAGGCCUGGGUAGAGAAGCCAUCCUUCGGGAAGCCCCUGGAGGAGCACCUGAGCAUCAGCGGCCGGGAGAUCGCCUUCCCCAUUGAGGCGUGCGUGACCAUGCUGCUCGAGUGCGGGAUGCAGGAGGAGGGACUCUUCCGUGUAGCUCCCUCUGCCUCCAAGCUGAAGAAGCUGAAAGCGGCCCUGGACUGCUGCGUGGUGGACGUGCAGGAGUACUCAGCGGACCCCCACGCCAUUGCAGGAGCUUUGAAAUCUUACCUCCGAGAGUUGCCAGAACCUCUUAUGACCUUCGAACUUUAUGACGAGUGGAUCCAGGCUUCCAAUAUCCAGGACCAAGACAAGAGGCUUCAGGCUCUGUGGAAUGCUUGUGAAAAAUUGCCCAAGGCCAAUCAUAACAACAUCCGAUACUUGAUCAAGUUUUUAUCCAAGCUAUCAGAAUAUCAAGAUAUAAACAAGAUGACGCCCAGCAACAUGGCAAUUGUCUUAGGACCCAACCUCUUAUGGCCACAAGCAGAAGGGAACAUCACUGAGAUGAUGACCACGGUUUCACUGCAGAUUGUGGGGAUCAUCGAACCCAUCAUCCAGCAUGCAGAUUGGUUCUUCCCUGGGGAGAUAGAGUUCAACAUCACAGGCAAUUAUGGGAGCCCGGUCCACGUGAACCAUAAUGCCAACUACAGCUCGAUGCCCUCUCCCGACAUGGACCCCGCCGACCGGCGCCAGCCCGAACAGGCCCGCCGGCCCCUCAGCGUCGCCACGGAUAACAUGAUGCUGGAGUUUUACAAAAAGGAUGGCAUGGGCGUGAGGGUCAUGGACACCUCUUGGGUGGCUCGAAGAGGCUCCUCGGCCGGCCGGAAAGCAUCCUGCGCCCCGCCCACCAUGCAGCCGCCCGCCCCACCUGCUGAGCUGGCCGCCCCUCUGCCGUCCCCGCUGCCGGAGCAGCCCCUGGACAGUCCUGCGGCUCCCGCGCUGUCGCCCUCGUCAGGCCUGGGCCUCCAGCCAGGGGCUGAGCGCACCAGCACGUCUAAAAACAAGGAACUUUCUCCAGGGUCUGGACAGAAAGGGAGUCCAGGCUCCGGCCAGGGGCCCACCUGUGCAGGGACGCAGCCAGGGGGACCACCAGGCUCCAGCCCCAGCCAGCCGCCAGCAGACCAGAGUCCUCACACCCUGCGGAAAGUUUCCAAGAAGCUGGCGCCCAUCCCACCCAAGGUCCCCUUCGGCCAGCCAGGGGCUGUGACGGAGCAGCCUGCCGGCCAGCCGUCCCCAGUCAGCCUGUCUCCCACCCCGCCGAGCACCCCGUCGCCCUACGGACUGAGUUACCCUCAGGGCUACUCCUUGGCCUCUGGCCAGCUGUCCCCGGCUGCAGCUGCCCCGCUGGCCUCUCCUUCGGUCUUCACAAGCACUUUAACCAAAUCGCGGCCCACGCCGAAGCCCCGACAGAGGCCCACUCUGCCGCCACCCCAGCCCCCCGCCGCCAGCCUCUCGGCCUCCAGUCCCCAGGCCACGGAGCACCCCAUGGUGGACGGCAUGUCUCCCGGGGAAAGCAUGUCCACAGAUAUGACCCACUUCGAGAUCCCGUCCAUCCACAUCGAGCUGGGGUCCACGCUCCGCCUGAGCCCCCUGGAGCACGCACGGCGACACUCUGUGACUGACAAGAGGGACUCGGAGGAGGAGUCCGAGAGCACAGCCCUCUGAGUGGCCGGCGCCCGUCCCCGCCAUGCGUGUACAUACCUACGUGGGCCCCGGAAACACGCCGCCAGGAGCAGCGUCCCCGAGCUUGCCAAGUCCCCUGUCGGCUCUUCCCGGCACUGCCGGCGCGAGGCUGGAGUCGGGCGCGAGCCGUGACCUGCAGCCCGCGUGCGGCCAAUGUUGGUGCAGAUGUUUUGUUUCCUUUCGGGUGGUGACGUCGGCCUUUCGUUUGACCUUUGCCUUUUGACUUUGUGCCUAUUUCGACCCACUUUCAGCCUCCGCGCCAGGCAGUACCUGCAUGGCCCUUUGUGGAGUGGGGGGUGCAGCGGAGGGCCCAGUGGCCAGGCUAGACCCUGGGGCUGCUACCUUCCCUCAGGGGGAGGGGGAAUGUGGGGCCUCACAAAGGGGACCGGAGAACAGGGGAGCCCUUUGCUCAGAGCUGGACUAAGCUGGAAUUCCCCAGGUCCUGGGCACUGACCUUGACCUCUGCCUGCUGCUCGGAGAGGGGCUGGUCACUGGAGGGCUCCAGAACCGUAACAGCCUAAAACAAAACUUGUUUGAGUCAUUUCCCGAGUUCUUUUUCCCCUACCUGUGCAACUAAAAGCUCCCUUCACUCCCUCUUUUGUUUCCAAAUGACCAUAUCUGGAGGACCCCAAGCGAGCUCCCUAUGCACCUUAAAAAAUUACUAGACACCUGAGGAAUUCUGAUCCUGCAGGCAGCUGGAGGCACCCAGCUCCCUGGGUAAGGGGGCCUUGGAGCCUGUUUCCUGGAGGUUACAAGUGAAUAGCAAUAACUCUGACCCAGAGCAUGUGCGGGAGAGGCACAGGGACCCAGGGCAUCCCUGGCCCAAGCUGCUCAGCCCCUCCCCGUCUGGGGUUGGGUCGAGAAAGGACCAGGAAGGCAUGGGGACCUGUUCACACUUUGGGAUUAAGGAGUGAGAACCAGAUUUGGGCCGUGCAUGCACAGUCAAAAGUUUAAAAUUUUAUCCUUUUACAAUAGAUAUACUAUACCUAUACAUGAUAUAAUAUUUGUAUAUAUGAAAUCUAUAUUUGUUUAAUUUGAGCCAUUCAAUUGAAACCAAUGUACAGGUGUACGACGAGGAAUCUGAACGUACAGGUCUUUCCCCCGACACGGCGUGGAGUCCCCUCCUCCAGGUGGGAGGCGCAGGCUUUCCAUGUGACGGCUUUCUCACUUCCUGGCGAGGGCAGGCCAAUCCCCAGUGUGUAAGAGAGCCGGGGGUGG